AUGCUUUUGCAAGUAUCGAUUGUCAUUUUUGGGCUUCCGUUUGAGUAUGGAGCAACAUCUUCCUCAGGUAAUUUACGCAAACUGCGUCAAUCAUGCAAAUCGCUCAAACGAAAAUGUAGCCUGAAAUCGGUUCGGUCUGGCACGAAAGACUUGGAUUCAUUCGGUUCUACAUCGAGUACGACUGGGCCUGAAUCAAUGCCGGUAUGUUCGAUCUGUAGUGCUUCCAUCUCGGAGCGUCGGGAUCUGUUCUUGUCGCCCACUUGCAUUGAGGGCCACGCCAUUCAUCAAGGUUGUGUGGAUGCCCCAUAUUUGGAAGGAUCCGCAUGUCCCGCUUGUCAAGCAGUGGCUCGACCCAGCAUCCAACCGCAUGAAUCAGCGGCUCCCAGUUUAUUGCAAAAACAGGAAUCAGCGGCUCCCGAUAUUCCACAACAAGAAUCAGCGGCUCCCAGUAUUCCACAAAAAGUAAAGCCGCGACGAAUCCCCAAGUCUAAAGAAGCCGGCGGAUGUGCGAUAUGUCUUGAAGAAUGGAGCCAAGGAGAUGUGCGGCUUCGAUGGCCAAGUUGUGGCCAUUUCUUCCAUCUGAGUUGUGUGAAGCCGUGGCGCAAAUUGCACGCCACCUGUCCUGUCUGUCGAAAAGAAGACCCAGAGUUGGUCCAAACGUCUAUCGAUGAACACGCUUAUCAUGGAUCAGAUUGGACGCAGACUACUCCGCAUACUCACACUGCCGUCUCGUAUCUUCGCCACGAAAAUUACUUCAUGGAGCAGGCAACAGACAUUGGAACCCCGGCUAUAGAUAACCAGCCUGAAAAGAAAACAUUUUAG